AUGUGGAAUGACGGCAACGUUCGUACACCGGAGGCAUCGUCGGAAGAUUCUGGUUCGGAGGACGAAGAUGCUGCCGACGAUGUGAAUUAUAGUGCGCAUUUUGCCACAGACACGCUGUUUCCAACGUUUGAUGAGGCAGUUAAUUGGGCGUAUGUUGUUGCCGUGAAUCUCGGUUUUCUUUUGGUUAAAUCGUCUUACAACAAAACUAGAGACGGUCGGCCGUACCGGUAUUUGAGGUGUGAUAGGGGCCGAAAGAGCCAGCCGAGAGAUCUUGAGAAUGCAAUUAGGGUGGACACCAAAACCAAAGCAAUUGGUUGUCCUUUCUACAUCAAGAUUUAUUAUGUCUUCGUCACCGACAGUUGGAAGAUACGGACCAAGAAUGAUGCAACUGGGACCCAUAACCAUCCAAUGAUUGUCUAUCCGGAGGGUCAUCGUAAGAUCAGUGGCUUGAGCCCGGAAGCCAAGAAGGUUGUGCAGGACAUGACAAAGUCCAAGGUUGCACCGCGGAACAUCAUGGCGACAAUUGCAGAGCAAUUUCCCGAGGAUCAUCCAAACAUCCGACAUAUCUACAACUGCCGGAAUGACUUGAGAGCGGAGAUGUCUGAUGGGAGAGGAGUUGUUCAGCAAUUUCUACAUUUGGCGAGAGAGAACCGGUAUAUUUACUGGGUCAUGUCUGAUGAUGUCAACGUUAUGCAGCAUGCGUUUAUGGUGCACCCGAUCACGGUGAACAUACUACGGACGUAUCCGUAUGUGAUCGGUAUGGAUUCGACAUACAAGACCAACCGAUACGGGAUGCCGUUCUUCGAGAUAGUCGGUGUGACACCGACAAAUCAGAAUUUUCUCGUCGGUUAUGUGUUCAUGCGCAACGAGUGCACGGGAAGCUACCGGUGGGUCCUUCAGAGAUUACGAGAGUUGAUUGGGUAUGAUAAGGAGCCGUCGGUAUUUCUGACAGACCGUGAGCUUGGACUUUGUGCGGCAUUGAGAGUUAACAAUGUAACAAAUUACAAAAUUAACAAUAAUUAUAUAGUUACGACAACAAAACAAAAACAUACUAACACAAACAAAGCAGAAAUGAAAUAA